CUGCUCUAUCACGAAACAAAAUAGCAUCAUCAUGGCCGAAAACUUUGAGGAAGAUGCUAUUGUACGUAGAGUGCAAAAUACUCCCAUGCACAAGCCCAACCUCACGGACGAACAGUGGCGAAAUUUCCUAAGGAUGCUGGACGAGAGUACACAAUCUAAUACUCAAUGGCUCCUGGACUCCGGGGCAUCAUACCACAUGACCGGAGAUGAUACGGUUUUGACGAAGACAUGCAAGAUGAAUCCUAUUUCGGUCCAAUUACCUAAUGGUGAAGUAACCCGAGCGACACAUGUUGGUGACGUGCAGAUCAGUUCACGAUUAAAAUUGGAGAAAGUGUUGCUAGUACCUGGAUUGCAAUGCAAUCUUAUUUCGUUAGCACAAUUAAUUGAUCAACGAAAAUGUGAUAUAUUUUUUACUAAUGAUAUAUGUGUGAUACAGGACCUACUUACGAGCAUACCGAUUGGAGUGGGUGAUCGACGAGGGGGAGUUUAUUUUUUUCGGAGUCUUGAUCAACCUCAAGCACAUGCGGUGGUGGUGCCAGACUCAGGUGAACUGUGGCAUUCUCGAUUGGGACAUCCAUCAGUGAAGGUUUUGCGUUUGGUUAAUAUUUUGAAUAAGGCAUCGUUGAAAUCCGUUCAGAAUGAUACUUGUGAUGCUUGUUUACGUGGAAAACAAACCCGUGAUGUUUUUAAUAUUAGUCUUGCACGUGCUGUUGAACCUUUUGAAUUGAUACAUUGUGAUGUUUGGGGUCCAUAUAGAACGCCGGCCACAGGCGGUUCACGUUAUUUCUUGACUAUAGUUGAUGAUUAUUCCCGAGCAGUGUGGGUACAUCUGAUGAGGGAGAAAAGUGAGGUCAAAAAUAUUCUUAAGCAAUUUUUUGCUAUGACGUCUAGACAAUUUAAUAAACCCGUGAAAGUUUUCAGAAGUGACAACGGCAAAGAGUUCAUUGGUUUGCAAGAAUAUUUUUUGACUCAUGGAAUAAUUUUUCAAACGUCGUGUGUUUAUACUCCACAACAAAAUGGUAGGGCUGAGCGGAAGCAUAGGCAUAUACUUGAGGUAGCACGAACUCUCAGAUUUCAUGCAAAUUUGCCUAUUGAAUUUUGGGGUGAAUGUGUGUUAGCGGCUGGAUAUUUGAUUAAUAGAUUGCCGUCUCCUGUGAUAGAAAAUAAGAGUCCGUACGAAAUGUUGUAUAAAAAACCUCCUUUAUAUACUCAUCUUAGGGUAUUUGGGUGUUUAUGUUAUGCACAUUCUAAGGAGACAACAGGUGACAAAUUUGCACAACGUGGAAUAAAGUGUGUAUUUUUGGGAUAUGCUUACACACAAAAGGGUUGGAAAGUAUAUGACUUAGAAAAACAACGACAUUUUAUUUCUCGUGAUGUGAAAUUUAUUGAAACCAUUUUUCCGUUCAAAAUGGUGGAAAAUAAUACUGGCAGCACGAUUAAUUACGACCGAGAAGCUAAGUCUGGAGAAAAGGUACAGGAGUUGGACCAUUAUGUGCACACUUUGGAUGAUCCACCUUCCUAUCCAGCCACGUGUGAGGACAUUAUCCUCACACCAUCUCAAGCAUCUGGAGACACGUUACACAUGCAUACGGAUAAUCAUGCAUCACCAUCAUCCCAGUUGGAUACGCAUGACACGGGACCAAUUGACAGCAUCUCAACCCCUUCACCUGGAGACAACCCCAGUCGACGCGGGACACGGCAACGGAAACCACCAACCUGGCAUCGAGACUAUGACGUGCAGUUGAACACUGUGAAAAUAAACUCCUCUCCUGUCGUUAACUCACACCCGUCGGUUGAAUCAGGUACUCCUUAUUCCAUAUCUCAUUAUGUAAAUUAUAAACAUUUUUCGGUUGGGCAUCGUGCUUUUCUUGCAGCUAUAUCAGCAGCCAAAGAACCGUCCACUUUUAGUGAAGCUUCCCGAGAUCCACAGUGGAGAGAAGCUAUGAGCCGUGAAAUUGCAGCUCUCGAACGAUCAGGUACCUGGCGCAUUCAAGACCUGCCGAGUGGGAAGAAGGCCAUUUUUUGCAAAUGGGUGUACAAAAUUAAAUACAAAAGUGAUGGCUCAGUGGAACGCUACAAAGCACGGUUGGUCGUUUGUGGUAAUAGACAAGUGCAAGGCAUUGAUUAUAGUGAGACAUUUGCUCCAGUUGCUAAAAUGGUAACUGUUCGUACCAUUUUAGCGGUAGCCGCUUCUCGUCACUGGGAGCUUCAUCAAAUGGACGUGGAUAAUGCAUUUCUUCAUGGGGAUUUGCAUGAGGAAGUAUACAUGCACUUGCCUCCCGGAUACUCCGCCUCCUCCCCCGGCAAGGUAUGUAGAUUGCUUAGAUCACUAUAUGGCCUACGGCAGGCUCCCCGUUGUUGGUUUUCUAAGCUCACUGGUUCUUUGCGUGCUUAUGGUUUUUGUCAGUCACACGCCGAUUAUUCUUUAUUUACCCUACGACGAGAUGAUCGGAUUCUGUGUGUUUUAAUUUAUGUUGAUGAUCUACUUAUCACCGGCAAUGAUCAUGAUAUGAUUGUCGCAUUUAAGAGCUUCUUAGCUGCUUCUUUUCCAGUCAAAGAUUUGGGCAAAAUGAAGUAUUUUUUGGGAAUUGAAGUAGCGCGCAAUUCUACUGGGAUAUUCUUGUGUCAACGCAAAUAUGUGUUGGAUAUUUUGGCCGAAACAGGUUUGACCGGGGCUCGGCCUGUCUCCUUUCCUAUGGUGCAGAACCAUAAAUUACAAUCAGAUACUGGGCCUAAUUUUUCUGAUCCAGACCGCUAUAGGCGGUUAGUUGGGAAGUUGAUUUAUCUUACCUUGACUAGGCCAGACAUUUGUUAUUCCGUUCAUAUUCUAUCUCAGUUUAUGCAAUGUCCAAAAGUGGCACAUUGGGAGGCUGUUUUACGUGUUCUCCGCUAUCUAAAGAGCCACCCUGGUCAGGGCAUCUUAUUACGGUCCGAUUCACCCCUCACUCUAACCGGUUUUUGUGAUGCUGAUUGGGCUAGUUGUCCCGUCACACGUCGUUCUGUGACUGGCUAUUUUGUUUCUCUUGGACAGUCGCCUAUAUCCUGGCGAACCAAGAAACAAGCCACCAUUUCUCGUUCUUCAGCAGAGGCUGAGUAUCGUUCCAUGGCUGCCUUAACUUGCGAACUCAUCUGGCUACGCAACUUGCUUCGGUGUUUGGGGGUAGUGCAUCCUUCACCAGUACAACUUUAUUGUGAUAAUCAAGCCGCUUUGCAUAUUGCUUCCAAUCCGGUGUAUCACGAGCGGACCAAGCACAUAGAACUCGAUUGUCACUUCAUUCGGGACCAUAUACAGGCCGGAACUAUCUCUCCAUCCUAUACAUCCACUUCUGAACAACCUGCGGAUAUGCUCACUAAAGCUCUUGGUGCAUCUCAAUUUUCUUAUUUGCUUGCCAAGAUGGGCAUUUGUGAUCCCCAUGCUCCAUCUUGAGGGGGGGUGUUGCUAUGUCUAUGUAUUAUUGUCACAUUUAUUUUUAUGUUACAUUUUUUUUCCUAGUACGACUUGAUUAGGAGGUUGGUUUCGAUUAGGAUGAUUGUACAUAGGGGUGAACAAAAAAACCGAAAAACCGAAACCGACCGACAAACCGACCGAAACCGAACCGACCAAAACCGAAACCGACUCAAACCGAAACCGACUCAAACCGAUUAAACAUUGGCGGUUCGGUUUACGGUUUCACCUUUGGGGUUAAAAAACCGACCGAACCGAAACCGACCGACAAAAACCGACAAAAACAUGCUAAAACUAACCGAAACCGACACGAACCGACCGAUAUUAACCGAACCGAAACCGAACCGAAACCGACUCAAGUAGUGCGGUUCGGUUUACGGUUUCAGCUUUUCGGGGAAAAAACCGACCAAACCGAACCGACCAAACCGAAAACCGACCAAACCGAACCGACGAACACCCCUAAUUGUACAUAUCAGUAGCCAUAUUUUUUUUCCUAUUCUUUAGCGCACUAGUAGCUGGCAGAUGAGAAAUUCGAGCUGCGUCAAUUGUAUAUAGACCGUAGGCCUCAUCUGUGAGAUAACAACAAUCAAUACAAAAAUAUUAUAUUCUUC